GAUGGCGGGGGUGCGAGGUGUUGACAAAGGUGGGGGGGCGAAAGACGUCAAAAUGACUCACGCGUCACUUCCCGCGUGCUCCCGCUCCCUCACAACUAUGUCCGCCAAACGGCAGAAGACAUCUGGCUUGUCUGGUGUAGAACUGUUCCUCACGGUGAAGAAUCUCGAAACUUUGGUGGCGAAAUCGCGAAAGGAAGUGGAGUUGAACAACGAGGGGAGGGAACGCGCUCUGAGCGGCGCAGGGAUAGAGAUUCCAGACGAGGACGAAAUUGAACUUCAAGAGCUUGAGAACUUUCUCUCGUUCUUGAAGGCGAAGCUUGAUAGGCCACAGAGUUAUUCGUUCUCUAGUAUGCCCCCUGAACACUUAAGGAAGACCAACGUAGUCAAUGGCGGCUUCAUCAACUUGACGACUGACGCAGUAUCUCGUGGGUGUAAAAAAGCUUCUGUUGGAGCUGAUGGAGUCUGGUCUCCAGACCAGCUCUAUCGACACAUCUGCUUCUUAGAGCGUUUCGUACCACGAAAGAACAAAGCGGCAGCCCGUCUAUGGAUCAAUGCUUUCUUUUACCGCGCGGCUUUCAUGCUGCCGGAGGAGUCGAUGGUCCUGAGUGUUGAACAAGCUGUGCCAGCUGUCACCAUCUCGGACCUGAGUACCCACACACUCUCCGAGGAUAUCGACGGGACGGCCGUAAGGGCAGAUGCAGCCACAGCCGAACGGUUCUUGAAGCAACCUGCGCUGCAAGAUCUCAAGAAUGACGAUUCUGCAUUGUUCGUUUCUGAAGCUAAAGGUCCUGAUCAGAACCUGGAAAACCACGUGCCCCAGGCCAUCGGAGAGAUGUAUGGGUGUGCGAGGUCCUCAAGUAAAACUACGAUUCGCGGCGCCGUAACUAAUGGACGUGUUUGGAUAUUCUUGAUCCUCACCCUCAACAAAGACGGAGGCGGCAGUUACCUCCAAUCUCAGGAGAUUACUAUUAUGUCUCUCUCUCAAGUCUCGAAGGACUCAGUUUCCGUCGUCUCUGCGAUUAUUGCUCAUUGGAUCAUGCACAGCCACAAGGAGUUAGACCGUGACGAUUACUUUACCGUUGAACAGUA